UGCCCGUCGGAGCUACGGAACUCCUGCUGGAAGCUCCUCGGGUGAUUGCCGGGGCCAUCCAGGCACCAGAUGCAGGGCGAAGGGAAAGUAUGGAGAGGGGAAGGGAGUGGAGGGGGCCGGGACUCUGGCGGCGGAAGGCAUUCAAUGGCGGCGGAACCCAACAGCCGGCCGUGACUGUGAGAGCUUCGCGUCACAUGCCAAGAGCUUCAGGACACCUUGCUUCUACCCUCGUUGUUCUCUCGCUGACCCUUUCUCCUUCUUCUUACCUCCUCGUGAUGCAUUGCUACUAUUAGCACUUCUUUGAUCGCCCCGCAUAUUUUCAUCCUCCGCC